GUCUAUAUAUGUUCUCUUAACUUUUGAAAUUCCUGUACAUGUCCCCCUUACUGGAAGCAGCAAUAUCAAUGGAAAGCAAGAAAACUAAGAAAAGACAAGCACCAUCUGAUCCUGAUGUUACAACUGACAUGGUGGAUUUAGAUCAACAUGAGGCUGCAGAAGGAGUUCUCCUUGAUAAUGAUUUGGAUGAGCCAACAAUGGGAGAGAAACUUGCUAGUCUAAGUUUACUGGAAGAGAACAAAUUCAGGAGUGACAAAGAGCAAGAAGCUUCUGUCUCAAUAAAGCCUCCAAGUGCAGACUCCGUACAUGUUUUGAUUAAGCAAGCAUUAAAUGCUGACGAUCGCACCCUUUUGCUAGAUUGCUUGUAUACGCAAGAUGAGAAGGUUAUUAGAAAGUCAAUUGCUCAGUUGAACCCAUCCAACGUCCUCAAACUUCUAUACUCCCUCAUAUCCAUUAUUGAAUCUAGAGGUGCAAUCUUGGCUUGUGCGCUUCCGUGGUUGAAGUAUCUACUUCUACAGCAUGCGAGCGGAAUAUUGUCCCAGGAAUCUUCAUUAAAAGCUUUGAACUCUUUGUAUCAACUGAUUGAGUCUAGAGUCUCCACUUUUAAAUCUGCCAUCCAACUCUCAAGUUGCUUAGACAUUCUUUACUCAGGGGUUAUUGUUGAGGAGGACGAUGAAGAUGAAACAGUGCCAGUUAUCUUUGAGGAUAAGGAUAGUAGUGAAGAAGAAUCUGAUGAAGAGGCCAUGGAAACUGGCCAGGAUAUCACAGAUGAAGAAGAAUCAGAACAAGAACUUGAUGGUGCAAGUGAUAUGAUGGAAGAUUGAUAGUGUCUUUUUGUCUUAACGUAAUUGGCAAUGGCCCAAGUGUUGUAUGCAUUUGCUUAGGCACAUGCUAAUACUCAGUUUUGAAAUGUUCUACACAAUCAUAGGAAUUUAACAUGUUUGGUUUCGUUUAUUUUGAGAUUAUUUUUUGGAACUUGAAUAUAUAUGCAAGCUUCAUCUAUGAAAGAAACUCAGCAAUUUAUGAAGGCUUCAU